GUGUUUAGUUGGUAAGAAGAAGAAACUACGCAUUGUGGAUAUUUAGGUAACUCAGCUGUUUGUUAUAUUUUUAUAAGAAAUUGUUAGAUAAGUUGUUUUUCUUGAAUGAAAGUACAUUGAAAAAAGAUCAGAUAGUAAAAUAUAGUAGCUAACAUAUUAUAGCAUUAACAAUUACCGGAGCCACAAUGAACUUUCUACGACAAACUCUCAGCGUUACGAAACAGUUGUCACAAAAAGUGCUUAAUGGCAACCUGCUGCAGUCUAUACAAAAUGGCAGUCUAUUCGAGCCGGCUUGUCGAAUGGCGUCCUUAAAUCAAAUGCAUCGCACUGGUCCACAUUAUAAAACACGUCAACCACGACAGCCACUUGAUGGCAAACCAUUCGCGAAAGGUGUUGUCCUCAAAACACUCAUCAAAAAACCAAAGAAACCUAAUUCCGCUAAUCGUAAAUGUGUGCUAGUACGCUUAUCUACCGGCAAAGAAAUGCUUGCUUAUAUACCCGGCGAGGGACACAAUUUACAAGAGCACAACAUUGUGUUGUGUCGUGUAGGCCGUUUGCAAGAUGUGCCUGGCGUGAAAUUGAAAUGUGUACGCGGCGUAUAUGAUUUAGCGCACGUUAUCAAGAAGUAAAGAAAAGUGGUGGCACCUAUUUUCCUUUUAAAUGUUAUGAUAUGUACUACAUGAAAAAUAAAAUAUCCUUUAACAAAGUAAA